CCCUCCCCCGUCCCGGGCCUGCGGCCGCCUGCGCCCCGGGCAGCGGCGGCCCGAGCGGGCGGCCGGCAGCCAGGGCCUGCCUGUGUGGGGGACCAGGGGGUGCACAGGAGGCGAGCGUGGCGCUUGGAGCCGCUGGGGACGUGCGGCCCUCCUCCUGGGCCGUAAGCUCGGGGCUGCAGGGGCUGCGAGGCAGCUCUGUGUAGCCUGCAGUGCGAAAGCCCCACAGGCGCUCAUCUCUGGGCUGGUGAGAGGGUCCUGCUUAGCCUCCGUCUUUAGCGGAGAAUGCAGAAGGCCCGGCCAUGGAGAAGAGGCCGCCCUUCGCUAGGAGGGAGUUCCCUCCCAGGGAGGCGCCAUCCCUCUCCUUGGCGUUGCUGCUUGCGGCCGUCCUCCUCCUUAACGCCUUUCUCUACCUGUACCUCAACAAGGUUUACAUCUCCUCGGGACGUACCGAAGCAGACCCUGGCCUCUGCCCUUCCGGGUACUUCAAAUUCGGAACAGUGAAGAAUUGUUCCCCGUGGCUCUCCUGUGAAGCCAUAAACAGGGAAGUCAGGAAACUCAAGCGUGUUGGUGAAGGUGCCGUGAAAAAGGUCUUCCUUUCCGAAUGGAAGGAAAACAAAGUGGUCCUUUCACAGCUGACCAACUCGGAGCUGAAGGAGGAUUUUCUCCAUGGACUGAAGAUGCUGAGAGCACUUCAAAGCAAGUAUGUUGUCCGUCUGCUUGGCUACUGUGAGCAGCAGUUCACAAUCCUCACUGAGUACCAUCCUCUGGGCUCCCUGAGGGGCCUGAAUGAGACUCUGCACAUGUCCAGGUACAAGGGCAUGAACACCUGGCACCGCAGGUUGAUGCUUGCUAUGGACUACGUGAGCGUCAUUCGGUAUCUGCACAGCAGCCCUCUGGGCACCUUCGUGAUGUGUGACUCAAAUGACCUAGAUAAGGUCCUCUCUCAGUAUCUCCUAACGAGUGACUUUCACAUCCUGGUGAAUGAUCUGGACGCUUUGCCUCUGGUGAACAGGAGUGCUGGCAGGCUGGUGAAGUGUGGUCACCGCGAGCUGCAGGGUGAGUUUGUGGCUCCUGAGCAGCGUUGGCCCUAUGGAGAGGAGGUGCCAUUUGAGGAUGACCUCAUGCCUCCCUACGAUGAGAAAACAGACAUCUGGAAAAUCCCUGAUGUCACCAAUUUUUUCUUGGGCCACGUUGAAGGAAGUGACAUUGUGCGACUGCAUUUGUUUGACAUCCAUGCAGCAUGUAAGAAGAAGGACCCAGCUGAAAGGCCUUCUGCCCAAGAGGUCUUGGACGCCUACAGGAAGGUUUUGACUCUGCUUGUUCGGGAGGCAGCCCUACCUGGCACUAGGGAAAUGUUAUAGUGAACCAUGAGACAAACAGCAUAUGGAUGGCACUUGAUGCCUUUCCUACUUAUUUAUCUUUCAAAAGGACAAAAUCCCUGUCCCCAAACAAAAGAGAAGAACAACUGAAUUUCUAGCUUUUGAUUUUAAAACAUACAGUCCACCCAAUAUUGGAGCUCUGCAAGCUUCCCAUUGGCUUGGUCAGUCUAUUAUUGGAAGAGGGAGGAGCACGAGAAAUUAAGUUAUUUGAGUCCAUGACAGAGUUUAUUCCUUAAAAAAUAAAAUUUUACAACAUUUACACAAAA